AGCCUUGAACGCACCCCAGACUGAGAGAGGCUCGGUCAGCUAGAAGCUAACAGAUUAGCUGCAGUGACAGUGGAACUUGGUGGCAUUUUACUAACGUUAUCUGGUCGUAACGAAAAAGGUGAGCCGCCGGAAUGACGACCCUGGACGACAAGAUUCUGGGAGAGAAGCUGCAGUACUACUACAGCAGCAGCGAGGAUGAAGGCAGCGACAACGAGGAUGAGGAAGGGGAGGGCAAGACCAUCCGGGACGGCAGCGUCACUGAGCCUGAGAUAGAGUACAGCGCUGAUGGAAGCGCUGUCAACACAGGACCAAAGGGUGUGAUCAAUGACUGGAGGAAGUACAAGCAGCUGGAGGUGGAGCAGAAGCAAGAGCAGAAGAAAGAGAUGGAACGACUGAUCAAGAAGCUGUCGAUGACCUGCCGCUCUGACCUCGACCUGGAAAAAGACAAGGAGAAACAGAAAGAGCUGCAGGAAAAACUCCAGGGCAAAAUGACCAUGCAGGAGUACAACAUGCUCCAGGAAGAAGAAGAUGAUGAAGACUUCCUGCAGCAUUACCGCAUGCAACGCAUCGAAGAGAUGCGGCGCCAGCUCUGCCGCGGCAAACGCUUCGCGCAAGUCUACGAGCUCAACAGCGGAGAGGACUUCCUGGAGGCUUUAGACAAGGAGGACAAAAGCACACUGGUCAUGAUCCACAUCUACGAGCUGGAUGUCCCGGGCUGCGAGGCCAUGAGCGGAAGCCUGCUGUGUCUGGCUCAGGAAUACCCGCUGGUCAAGUUCUGCAGCGUACGCAGCUCGGCAAUCAGCACUAGCGCGCUGUUCAGAGGCAGCGCUCUGCCCGCCCUGCUGGUUUACAAAGGAGGAGACCUGAUCGGUAACUUCGUGAGGCUCACGGACCAGCUCGGGGAGGAUUUCUUUGCCGUAGACGUGGAGGCCCUGCUGCAGGAGUACGGCAUGCUGCCCGACAAGUCCCCCGUUGUCCAGAAGACCAUCCGUAAUGGAGCCAUCAUACAGAGCAAUCAGAGCGAUGAGGACUCUGACCUUGAUAUAGACUAGAGCCAUAACAUCUGUCUUCCAUUAUAUGCUUGGGAAAUAUGCGUACACAGUCUGCAUGGACUAUAGAUCAUUUACAUGUAUGUGGACCCCAUCGUAGUGAUGACGGAUUGAGCCAGGUUCGCCAUUUUACCACUCACACAGAAACAUACAACCAGCAUUGAAGCAGAACCAAAAGGAAAUGCUCACACACACACACACACACACACACUACGACCCAAUGGGCGUUCAGCAUGAUAUCAUUCCAUGUUAAAUAUGAGUUAUAUUGAAUGAGAGUAAGUACUAGGCAUUAUUAUUAUUAUCGAGGCAUAGUGAGAAUGAUGUCGGUUAAAUGUUUUCUUUGAGCUGUGACUGUCAACUAUUUAUUCUUUGUGUAAAAACACGUUUCCCUGUUUUGUUUCAUAUGCAUCUUCACUGUAUUACAUGUGUUUCACUCUGUAGAAAAUGAAACUUUCAGCCCAAACUGACUUUUAGUUAGUUUUAUAACUUUUAUAUGUGCUGGACCAUUUCAAAUAGUGGGAAAAAUAAACAAGUAUUUGG